AUGUCGCCCAGAUGUAAAAUUCAGAGCUGCUCCAUAGUCAACGAGGAGCCCAGGCAGAAAAGGAGCUCCAGUACAGCCAGUACAGCCAGUAGUACAGCCAGUACAGCCAGCAGUACAGCCAGUACAGCCAGUAGUACAGCCAGUACAGCCAGUACAGCCAGUAGUACAGCCAGUACAGCCAGUAGUACAGCCAGUACAGCCAGUACAGCCAGCAGUACAGCCAGUACAGCCAGUACAGCCAGUAGUACAGCCAGCACAGCCAGUAGUACAGCCAGUAGUACAGCCAGUACAGCCAGUAGUACAGCCAGUAGUACAGCCAGUACAGCCAGUAGUACAGCCAGUACAGCCAGUACAGCCAGUAGUACAGCCAGUACAGCCAGUAGUACAGCCAGUACAGCCAGUACAGCCAGUAGUACAGCCAGUAGUACAGCCAGUACAGCCAGUACAGCCAGUAGUACAGCCAGUACAGCCAGUAGUACAGCCAGUACAGCCAGUACAGCCAGCAGUACAGCCAGUACAGCCAGUACAGCCAGUAGUACAGCCAGUACAGCCAGUACAGCCAGCAGUACAGCCAGUACAGCCAGUAGUACAGCCAGUACAGCCAGUAGUACAGCCAGUACAGCCAGUACAGCCAGUACAGCCAGUGCAGCCAGUACAGCCGGCAGUACAGCCAAUACAGCCAGUAGUACAGCCAGUACAGCCAGUACAGCCAGUAGUACAGCCAGUAGAGCCAGCAGUACAGCCAGUACAGCCAGUACAGCCAGUAGUACAGCCAGUACAGCCAGUACAGCCAGCAGUACAGGCAGCAGUACAGGCAGCAGUACAGGCAGUAGUACAGGCAGCAGUACAGCCAGCAGUACAGGCAGCAGUACAGCCAGCAGUACAGGCAGUAGUACAGGCAGCAGUACAGGCAGCAGUACAGGCAGCAGUACAGCCAGCAGUACAGCCAGUAGUACAGCCAGCAGUACAGGCAGCAGUACAGGCAGCAGUACAGGCAGCAGUACAGGCAGCAGUACAGCCAGCAGUACAGGCAGUAGUACAGGCAGUAGUACAGGCAGCAGUACAGCCAGCAGUACAGCCAGUAGUACAGGCAGCAGUACAGGCCCCGACAGCCGAUAA